AAACAGAUCGGUAGUACUCAACACAGGUCUGAGUUUCUGUACGGUUUUUUGUCUGUCCCUCCCCAUUCGUCUACGCUUUCCACUCGCACCGUCAUUCGUUAUCAGUACCGGUCUGGUUGGACCACGUAAAUAUUCUCGCGGUGCAAGUCGGAAUAAUAGAUGGGGUUUUGUGCUUGAAACGUAAAUUACUAUGCGCUUUCCACGUUCUCAUCGAGCGUUUUAAAUAUUAUUAUUAUUAUUAUUAUUCAAAAGGCACCACACUUGCCAUUACACGCCCAACCGUUUUUUCCAUCAUCUCGUCCCGGAAAUUUUCAGAAUUUCUACAAACCAUAGUGGAUACUAUUGAUAAUGCACGUACUGUUAUUGCUUCCAUUCUUUCAAUUAUUACAUGGUUUGGAUGUAUCUAAUUUUGUUCCAAAAGUUUCUGCUGAUAUAUCACCUUGCAAAAGUUGUAAAAUAUUAGUUCAAUCGUUUGAGAAGGGUCUUGAAAAAACUAAAAAUGGUCACUUUGGUGGGGGAAAUACAGCAUGGGAAGAGAAAAACUUAUUGACUUAUGCAAAAAGUGAAGUGAGAUUUGUGGAAAUCCAUGAUUCAUUGUGUACUGAAAUAUCUCAUGACCAAGAUAUGUGUUUUUAUUUGUCGAGUGAAUACGAACAUCAUUUAAAAGAAUGGUGGACAGAGGGCCGUCAAGAAGAUCUAUUCCAAUGGUUUUGUGUUGACAAAUUAAAAGCGUGUUGCCCACCAAAACAUUAUGGUCCUGAUUGUUUACCAUGUAAAGGUUAUCCAAAUGUUUGUAAUUCUCAUGGAACUUGCAAGGGUGAUGGAACUCGAAAAGGCAAUGGGUCAUGCAAAUGUAAAAAUGGUUACGAAGGUAUCAACUGUGAUCAUUGUGCAAAUAAUUAUUUUGUCAUACUGAAAAAUAAUACUUUUACCUGUGAAGAAUGCCAUAAAUCAUGCAAAGAUAGCUGUACAGAUUCGGGGCCAAAAGGUUGUGAUGAAUGUAAAGAUGGAUGGGUGUACAUGGGUGAAGGUGAAGGUUGUGUGGAUGUAGAUGAGUGUUUGGAACAAGAUGUUUGUACUUCACAACAAUUUUGUAUUAAUAAUGAUGGCUCGUAUUCUUGUUUGAGUUGUGAUCCAUCAUGUACAGAUUGUUAUGGUGAUGGAAAUGAUAUGUGCUUUAAUUGCGCCGCAGGAUACAUCAUGAAAGACAAAAAAUGCAUAGUGGACACCAAAUGGAAGAGCUCUGAUCAAUCUCGUUAUCUGACAUAUGGGGGUCUAGGAAUAGCAACAAUAAUUAUUUUCAGAAUGAAUACAACUAUUGCAAGUAUUGUUGGAGCAUUCAUAGCAGUUUACAUUAUGGUAGCCGAAUAUAUAAUGAAUGAAUUAUAUAAGUAAUGAAAUAGAGAUUAAUAUCAUAAGCAAUGUUUUCUUCCAUUACCUGUAUUAAAUAUUAUAUACUAAGUAGUUUUCAAUGUUCGUCCAAUUCUAAUCCAACUGAAAAAUAAUGAAUUUAGAAUAGCGAUUAGUGUUAAAAUAUUGCAGUUUAUUUAUUGGCUAAAUUAUUUUUUUAAUUAUGAUUAGAUAAGUAAUAUACAGUACCCAAAAAAAAAACCCGAAAUUAUUUAUAAAAGCCUGACUAAUUUAUGUAAACAUAGAAUUAUUUCUCAUUACGUAUUUAUUAGAUUAUUGAAUUCAAAGAUUACGACCAUAGACAAAACACUCAAUUAUAAAUUAUGUGAAAUAUAAUUAGUUUAUUUUUUAAGAUAAUUGACUAAUACAUUAUCGAGUAACCAAGAGACUAUUAUAAUUAAUUUUUUGAAUAUUAUAAAUUUAAUGAUUUCAUAAAAUUCAAAAAUGUGUUGCCAUUAUUUAUUGAAUACACAAUAAAACAUAAUUUUGCUUUUCAUAUUUUAACUUAAUGGUUAUAUUAGAGUAUUAUGGUCUAGGAAUUUUAAAACAAUGUACUAGCAUACUAGACAUUUUUCAUGAUUUAGUUUAGAGAGUAAUAGUAUUAGGUAUUUGUAUCAAAUGUAGAACACAAUUACCAUAACAAUUUAACCAAAAUCCCAUAGUUAAAUAUAUGAUAUAUAAUAUAAUAUUUUAUUAUUAUUAAAUCAAUACAUACAGUCCUGACCUUUUUGAUUUUAACCAAAAGUGCCUAAGAUUAAAGAGGAAAAAUGGUGGUCCAAUUAUUAAUACUAACUUAGCUUAUACUCUUUUCAAAUGUAUUAUCCCUUAUAUUAGAAUUAUUUUAUACUAUAGAUGCUAUUCAACUAAAUUUAAUGUUGAUAUCAAUACCGACUACUAGUGUUUCAAAAGUUUUAAUGUUUAAACAAGAUAAUAGUAAUUAGAAAUAUUUAUGUUGUUAUUUGUAUAUAUUGUUUUACGUUUAACUUCCAACAAUUAAUAAUAUAACUGCUCAAAAUCUUUUUGAAAUCUUUUUUGUUUAAACUUUAUACAUUUUUCCAUCGAUGCAGCUAACUAAUUUCUAAAGGCUUUUAUAAUAGUUAUACUCGAGGCAAUAAUAUUCGUGAGCAUGGAGAGUAGUUUUUCUACAGUGUGUAUAUAAUACUAAAUGGCAACACAAAUGUUUACCAAAAUACAACCUAUAAAGACCAUAUUACCAAUAAUACUAAUAUUAUUAAAUACAAUGAUCCUUUAAUUAGGUUUGACUUUUAAUUUUGUCUUUGAAAAAUAUUUGCAAACCAUUUUAUUUUCAAAUUGAUUAACUAAAUUAAAUAUUUUACAGUUGUGUUAUUUUUAUCAUUACAUUUGGCUUAUUAAUUGUUAACCGUACAAUCUAUAUAUUUAAAUUAAUUAGAUAAGUUUAUUUACUUUGUGAUAUUCUUUAUCCUUAAAAUUAUAGUAUUAUUAUUAAAAAAAUUAUUUUUUAAGCAAA